CCAAGUUGAAGAAGGCUUGAAACAGUCUCCUCCUCAACAAGAAGCAAGCCUCUAUAAAUUAAUCAUCAUUAAUUUCAACUGCCCCUGCCUCUUCAUCAUCUGUAAACAAAAUACCCAACAACACAAUCUGUGUCUGCGUGCAAGAUGACCAUGACUGAGGUCAUCCACUCCGUCACCACCCUCAUGUCCGUCUGCACAAAGCACGUCUCACGCGCAGCCAAGAAACUCCGCGACCACUCCACCAUCAGCGCCUCAAAGCUCGCUGCCGCUGCCGCCCCCGUCCGCCGCAAAACCAUGCCACUGAUCGCCCGUGGCGCCAGUUACCUCCCUUUCUUCAAACAUAAACAAAACAGGAAAAAGAUCCGAAGUCCUCAAGAAGAAGAAAAAGAAGUAGAAGAAGAGUAUGGGGGAGGAGGAGUAUGGAGAAGGAGUAUAUUGAUGGGUGAAAAGUGUCAACCUCUUGAUUUCUCUGGGGUUAUAUACUAUGAUAACAAUGGUAAACAGCUCUCUGAGAUCCCAACUCCUCGUUCUCCUCUCCGUAGUCCUCUCCCUUCUUUUGCUUUCCACCCUGUUGUAGCUACUUCAUAAGCAAACAGAUCACUUCUGAGGUUCAACUCAUCCACAUCUAUAUUUAUAUAAUUUUAUGUA